GCCCCAGCCGUUUUCGGGUAGCGGGGGCGCACGGCGCUGCUCGGGGCCCCCCCGGCGGAAGGGCAGAGGCGGCGCAGGGCCCUCGCCCACCCGGCUCCGGUUUCCCCUUCCCUCCCCCCCCAGCUCCCGGCCCUCUCUAAACUUGUCCUGUCCUGGGCAGCCUCCCCCCCCCCCCCGGCCUUCACCCCUCCUCCUCCUCCUCCUCCUCCGGCUGUGUGCGCGCCCCGGCCGCUCGCUAAUUGAAGAGCUGGGAUUCCUCACGUGAGAAGUUGAUUUGUAGUUUGAACACGUGGCUCAUUCAAAAAGCCGGAAUAUUCAAACGAGGGUUGCAGCCCGCCGUGCGCGCCUCCCCGAGCCGCCAGGAAGAUGAACAAGCUCUACAUCGGCAACCUCGGCGAGAACGUCAGCCCCCUCGACCUGGAAAGUCUCUUUAAGGACUCCAAGAUCCCCUUCUCGGGCCAGUUCCUGGUCAAGACGGGGUACGCCUUCGUGGACUGCCCCGACGAGAGCUGGGCCAUGAAGGCCAUCGAGGCACUUUCAGGUAAAGUGGAGCUGCAUGGGAAACUCAUAGAAGUUGAGCAUUCGGUCCCUAAAAGACAAAGGAGUCGGAAACUUCAGAUCAGAAACAUCCCACCACACUUGCAGUGGGAGGUGCUGGACAGUUUGUUAGCUCAGUAUGGAACGGUGGAGAACUGUGAGCAAGUGAACACUGACACGGAGACUGCAGUCGUAAAUGUAACAUACGGCAAUAAGGACCAGGCUAGACAAGCAAUAGAAAAACUGAACGGGUUUCAGCUCGAAAACUAUUCCUUGAAAGUCGCAUAUAUCCCCGAUGAAAUGGCAGCCCAGCAACCUCCGCAGCAGCAUCCCCAGGGGAGACGUGGAUUCGGGCAGAGGGGCCCUCCGCGGCAGGGGUCCCCCGGUGCCACCACGCGGCAGAAGCCACAGUCGGACGUCCCUCUGCGGAUGCUGGUUCCCACGCAGUUCGUAGGAGCCAUCAUUGGGAAAGAAGGAGCAACCAUCAGAAACAUCACAAAGCAGACGCAGUCCAAAAUUGAUAUUCAUCGUAAAGAGAAUGCAGGUGCUGCUGAGAAACCAAUUACCAUCCACUCAACUCCUGAAGGCUGCUCAACAGCUUGUAAAAUUAUUAUGGAGAUCAUGCAAAAGGAAGCUCAAGAUACUAAAUUUACAGAAGAAAUUCCCCUGAAGAUAUUGGCACAUAACAACUUUGUUGGCCGACUUAUUGGCAAAGAAGGAAGAAACCUGAAGAAAAUUGAGCAGGACACAGAUACUAAAAUCACGAUAUCUCCGUUGCAGGACUUGACACUCUAUAAUCCGGAAAGGACCAUUACAGUUAAAGGCAGUAUCGAAACUUGUGCCAAGGCCGAGGAAGAAAUUAUGAAGAAAAUCAGGGAGUCCUAUGAAAAUGACAUUGCUGCUAUGAACCUUCAAGCACAUUUAAUUCCUGGAUUAAAUCUGAAUGCCUUGGGUCUGUUCCCACCUUCUUCUUCAGGAAUACCACCUCCCGCAGUGAGCGUUGCCUCCGCUGCUGCUGCUGCUUCGUAUCCACCAUUUGGGCAACAGCCCGAGUCUGAGACUGUUCAUCUGUUCAUCCCAGCCUUGGCAGUUGGAGCUAUUAUUGGCAAGCAGGGACAGCACAUCAAACAACUUUCUCGUUUUGCAGGCGCAUCUAUUAAGAUUGCCCCUGCUGAAGGACCAGAUGCCAAGCUGAGAAUGGUUAUCAUCACUGGACCUCCAGAAGCUCAGUUUAAGGCUCAAGGGAGAAUCUAUGGAAAACUUAAAGAAGAAAACUUCUUUGGACCUAAAGAAGAAGUGAAACUUGAGGCUCAUAUAAAAGUGCCAUCCUAUGCUGCUGGUAGAGUUAUUGGUAAAGGAGGCAAAACAGUAAAUGAGCUUCAAAACUUGACAAGUGCAGAAGUUGUAGUCCCUCGUGACCAGACACCUGAUGAAAAUGAUCAGGUGGUUGUGAAAAUAACUGGUCACUUCUAUGCAUGCCAGCUUGCUCAGAGAAAAAUUCAGGAAAUACUGGCUCAGGUAAGAAGGCAGCAGCAACAGCAAAAAACAUUGCAAAGCGGACAGCCUCAGCCAAGACGGAAAUAAAGGUUUAGGAAAUGGCCCAUCAGAGACAGAUGCCAGACCAAAGACAGACUGUGCAACAGAGAGACGGGUGGUGAGCACCUGUUGAAGUUAUAUGCAGAAGAUCCACCAAGCCAAUCACCUGUUCGAGGACCAGGCAACCGUUGAACGCUGUCUCUGAGAAUGUAUUCUUUAGGCUCUCUCAAACUUUUGAAACCCAGCUUUAAAAUAAGGACCCCUUCACUUCCCUUUUGUUCUAUUCUCACAAUUUAACAUAAACUCGUUAGUCUUUUUUAUUGUUCUUAUUAUUCCCCAACAAUUUUAGAACUUGGUUUAAUGAAGCUUUCUCUUCUGAGUUCACUGGUUAUAAAAAAAAAAAAA